UGUUGCUAUAACAACUGAAAUUAUAAUUUUCAUCAAAAUGGCAACAGCUAAAAUACCUAUACGUACAAAAGGUCGGACAACCUGUGUUCAUCACAAGGGGAAACAACUGGAAUUGUAUUGUGAAAAAUGUCAAGAACUGACAUGUUUAAAAUGCCUUUCCUCUAUUCACAAAAGCCAUCCAGUUUGUGAGCUCAGUGAAAUCACUCCUCAGAAGAAACUAGACAUUAUAAAUUUUAUUGACAGAACAGAACAAAAUGACCAGGUACAAAUUGGUAAAUACAUCACCUCUACUGAUACACUCCUCAAUGAAAAUGACAGCACAUUUGAGAAACUGUCACAUCAGUUGAGGAUGCAAACAGACAACUUAAAACAAGACCUUGACAUGCUCACAGCAGAGACACUCUCUCUUUAUCAGAAAAUGAAAGAGGACAAUUCAAAGCUGAUACAGAAAUACAAACAGGACCUGGAGAUGUACGACAAACAACUCAAACAACAAAUACAGGAAUGUAAGACAGCACUUCAGCAGGGUUCUGACUUAAACAUUUACGAUACAAGAUGUGAAAUAGAUUCCCAAAUACAUUUCCCUGUAAAACCUGUCCUGGGUAAUGUAAGCUUCACUCCAAACAAAAAUCCUCAAGGUCACCUAAAGCUUGCUUUAGGGAAAGUUAUCAUCUCAGGUCAAGGUCAAACAUCAACUGACCAGGAUCGGUCAGUCUCAACAUCAGAUGGUCAGGGACAAUCCUCUACACAACAACAAUCAGGACAUAAAGGGAAGAAAGCAGUGACAAGGUACAAACUACUGUCAGAGACCAAGGUGGUGGAGGAAUGGGAGUGUCCAUGUUACAUUAAUUCUAUAUGUCCCACCACUGAUGACCAGGCCUGGACCAGUGAUUACUAUGGUGAAACAUUAACUCUCCUGGACAGGAAUUCGAAGGGUACAGUAAUACAGGAGGUCACACACAAGGCUGUGGUCAAGGACAUCAGUCUGUCACCAACAACAAACAGACUGUGGGUCUGUGACCCAGAAAACAACAUCCUGGAGCUGGUAUCAGGACAACUAACACACAGAUUCAGAACAAAGAAGAAACCUGAGUGUUUAUGUGUUACAGCCAGUAACCAUGUCAUUGUAGGCAUGGCCAAACAUAUCUCUAAAUUUACCACACAAGGUCAGAUGGUGCUCACUACAAUGGCUGUAAGGACUAGGAAACCAUUAGUGUGUACACCAUGGAGGAUCACAGAGUGUCCUGUCACUCACAAUGUCGCAGUGAUUGAUUUCAGUGAUAAAGAUGAUGGUGGUGAUGGAAACAAACAUGUUGUUGUCAUGGAUACUAACUUACAGGAACUGUUUGUAUACAGAGGUGACAUCCCCAGUACAUAUAAAACACUACAAACAGGAGGUAAACCAUUUUACCCCCGGAGUGUGGUGUAUGAUAGUGUGGGGAACCUCAUCAUAGGGGACUAUAGCAACAACAGGGUCCUACUCCUCAGUGGAGGUGGUGAGUUCCUCAGGAUCAUACACACAGACACAGACCUGACAUGGGCUGUAGGUGUAGACAGGAAGGAUGUCCUGUGGGCAGUGUUUGGUGGUGACAACGUGAAACUACUACAGCACAGCAGUAUGUGAUAGCUAUAAACUUAGUACAGCAGUAUGUGAUAGCUAUAAACUACUACAGUACAGCAGUUUGUGAUAGUUAUAAACUACUACAGCACAGUAGUUGAUGUGAUAGCUGGACAAUGACUGACCACUUGACCUGUGUUAUGCGCUGUACAUUUUGUUCUUCCAUUUCAUCUUUAUUUUGGAUAUGUACCAGAUGCUAUACUGAUUUGUACAAUCCCUCACAAAGAGUUAAUGUCCUUUCUGCCAUACACGGGGUGAAUUUUCGCAAUUAUAUUUCAAACAUAUCUAUGUUUAUGUAAAUUGUUUAUAAAGAUAAUUUAUUCAUAAUUAGUAAUUUAACUGUUUCAUAUCUGUUGUCUAUGUUCUUCUCAUUUAUCGAUGUAAGAUCAAUCUCUUAAAUACCCAGUAAUGAGAAUAUUAAUUUAGUUAAUAUGUUAUUAAUACUUUGAGUGGUUGGCAUUUUUCUCUGCAUAGAAUUACAAGAGAAUCUCAUUACGCCAGUAACCAGAUCCCGCACUAGUAUAUGGGGUCCAGCUUGCUUUUACAACUGGUACAGUUGUGUAAAUAAAGGGUCAGCUGGCAUCUGGGACACCGACUUUGAACAGGGCCACAUACAUUACAUAAAGCAGGCCUCACCCUGAUCAAAUAGCAGAUGACUAAAUUUGGUUAUAUGUAAUCUGUUUGACCAAUGGGAUGGACACUUCCCAGCUAGAGUGAACCCCCAUAAGGGAAACAGUCAGCAGACUGCUCCCCUCGCUACAUGCUGGUCACCUCAGAAUUUCCUAGCAAAGCUUCCGCAGCAGGAUUUCUCUAACCUGAGAUUUCCCACAGAAGGACCAUAUUUUAAGUUUUAACUACACAAAAUAAUAUUACUUAUUGUUAUUUAUGUAUUAUGCAAAUAAAUCAUGGUCUGAAGUUCACCCAA